ACUCUGCUAUAUAAGACUGGCGAUCUACCUGGCUUCUUGUGCUAAAGAAUCUACCAUGCUCACUCACCUUCUCUUCUCACCUCUUCUUCCUUCACGGGCCUGAGUAGCACUACUACUACUCUUUGAUUUGCAGCCCAUUUUUCUUUAACCCCCCCCCUUCUUUCACUCAUUCCAUAUAGCAUCAUUCUAUUUACAUUCCCUUCCCUAUAAACAAUGAAGUCUUUCUCAUAUCUCGCGCUUCUUAGCGCGAUUGCGCCUUGCGCUUUUGCUGGAGCUGGCCGCGACGGUGUAGAUGUUCUCAUCGACGUCAUCCAACCCCAGAACCACUACCCCCAGACUAGCGAUGCUCUUAUCCCCAUUGCUAAGCCAGCCAAGUCCGAGUAUGAGUACGUUAUCGUCGGCUCGGGCCCCGGUGGUGCCCCGCUAGCCGCCAACCUCGCCAUUGCCGGCCACAGCGUCCUCCUCAUCGACGCCGGUGGUGACUACGGUCACCUUCGGGAGCGUGAAUCACCAGCUUUGGCCAAUCCUUCGUCCGAGAGGAACGAAGUCAGCUGGGGCUUCUUCACCCACCACUACGAGAACGAGGAGAUCGCCAACAAGGAUCGCAAGCUCACCUGGUUGACACCGGAUGGAAAGUUCUACAGUGGUGUCGACGUCCCCGAGGGAUCAACCAAGCUCGGUAACUUCUACCCCCGUUAUGGUGGUCUCGGUGGUUGCGCUGAGCACAACGCCCUUGUCGCUCUGCUGCCCAGCAGGAACGAUUGGGAUGGCAUCAAGAACGCUACUGGUGACAAGUCCUGGGAUAACGAUGCCAUGAGGAAGUAUUUCAAGAAGGUCGAGAAGCUUGAGUACAGCGUCCCUGAGGGAACUGAGGACACCCACGGACAGGAUGGUUACAUCCACAUCACUCAAAACCCCGACGGUAUCCCCGCCCAAGACGUCAAGCUACUAUCUGUUGUUGCUGGCGCCGCCAAGGCCUUCGGCAUCGACAACAGCGGUCUUACGACUGCCAUCAACAGUGCCGUGGCAAUGGCCCAGGCGAACAGCAUUGACUACGAGACUGGUCUGCUGCCUCUUAACAUGACGACUGAGAUCGCUGCUGCUUUGGACAACAUGCUUGUCCACGAUAUGAACAGCGCCGAUCCUGACCGUGACCUCAAGAAGGCCAUGGGCAAGCUUCCCCUGCACGUCGAUGCCGACAGACUACGUCGCUCCACCCCUCGUGACUACGUCUAUGACACCUGGGCCGCCAAGACGUCUAACGGUACCCGUAAGUACAAGCUUGAUGUUGCUCUCAACACUCUUGCAACCAAGGUUCUCUUCGAUACCACCGGUGCCAAGCCCAGGGCUAUCGGUGUUGACUUCCUCCACGGCCAGUCUCUGUACCGCGCCGACCCUCGUGCCAACCACACCGAGGACGGUGGUGAGCCUGGCACUGUCAAGGCCACCAAGGAAGUCAUUGUUGCCGGUGGUGCCUUCAACUCCCCUCAGCUUCUGAAGCUCUCUGGUGUCGGCCCCAAGGAAGAGCUUGAGUCCUUCGGUAUUGACGUUGUCCUGGAUCUCCCUGGUGUUGGUGAGAACCUUCAGGACCGUCUCGAGACCAGUGUCAACGCUGAGUUCCCCACCAACUUCACUCGUAUCCUUGCAUGCUACUACCUUGCUGUCGACGGAGACCCGUGCUGGGCCCAGUAUGCCGACACCAACAACAAGGGUGCUGAGAAGGGUAACUACGGUUCCAACGGUGUCGUCAUGGGUAGCUUCUUCACCUCAUCUUACUCUGAGGACGGCGAGCACGAUCUGUGGAUCGGUGGUUUCCCUGCUCUGUUCAACGGUUUCUACCCUGGCUACUCUUCCAACGCUGCUACCGUCGCUAACAAGAACUGGUGGUCUUGGUUGGUCCUCAAGGCUCACACCCGCAACCACGCCGGUACCGUCAAGCUUGCCACCACCAACCCCCGUGACACCCCUAUCAUCACUUUCCACAACACCUACGAGGGUAUGCCCAAGGAGGAGGCUGACAAGGACGUUGGUGCCCUCCGUGAGGGUAUGCGCAUGGCUACCAGCUUCUUCGAGCACAUCCCUGCCAUCGAUGGCGCUGCUGAUGUUUUCUGGCCCCCUAAGGAGAUCCGCGAUGACGACGCUGCCCUUGACGAGUGGAUUGUUGAGGAGGCUUGGGGUCACCACGCUUCUUGCUCCAACAAGAUUGGUGGCGACGAUGACAAGAUGGCUGUCCUUGACUCCAAGUUCCGUGUCCGUGGUACCGACAGCCUGCGUAUCGUUGAUGCCUCUGCUUUCCCCAAGAUUCCCGGUAUCUUCCCCGUCCUUCCCAUCAUGAUGAUGUCUGAGAAGGCUACUGAGGACAUCCUCGCCACCAAGACUCCUCCUCACUGCCCUUCAAAGAAGUCUCACAAGAAGAGGUCUCUCAAGAAGCUGUACUAAGGAGAUAAUACUGGCGGGCGGCAAUUCCAUGA